CGGGGCCGGGGCAUCGCGGCGGCCGCCAAUCGCGCCGCGCCGGGGGAGGAGCCCCGAAGGGGGAAAAAGAAAGUGCGGCGGAAAGUAAGAGGCUCGUUGGGGGCAGACUGGCCGGGUCAGGGUCCCUGGGGCUCCGUUUUGGGAAGAAGCGGUGCUGGGCGAUUUGCACCCAUCCCUGCCCCUUUCGCUGCGCCCGCUCAGCUUCCCAAGAAAGGAUGGGACUUCUGUGGUGUGUAAUGAGUUUCUGCUUCUAUGGGAUACUGAAAAGCGAUGCCUCAGAACGCUGCGACGACUGGGGACUAGAUACCAUGAGACAGAUCCAAGUGUUUGAAGAUGAGCCGGCGCGCAUCAAGUGCCCACUCUUUGAACACUUCUUGAAAUAUAACUACAGCACAGCCCAUUCGGUGGGCCUUACUCUGAUCUGGUAUUGGACUAGGCAGGACCGGGACCUCGAGGAGCCAAUUAACUUCCGCCUGCCUGAGAACCGCAUUAGUAAAGAGAAAGACGUACUCUGGUUCCGGCCCACCCUCCUCAAUGACACGGGAAACUAUACCUGCAUGCUAAGGAAUACCACAUAUUGCAGCAAAGUUGCGUUUCCUCUGGAAGUUGUUCAGAAAGGUAGCUGCUUCAAUUCUUCCAUGAAACUCCCACUGCAUAAGCUGUAUUUAGAAUAUGGUAUUCAGAAGAUCACAUGUCCAAAUGUAGAUGGAUAUUUUCCUUCCAGUGUCAAACCAAACAUCACUUGGUAUAUGGGAUGUCAAAAAAUAUAUAACUUUCAUAAUGUAAUACCUGAAGGCAUGAACUUGAGUUUUCUCAUACCCUUGACUUCAAAUAAUGGAGAUUACACAUGUGUUGUUACAUAUCUGGAAAAUGGGCGUACCUUCCAUCUCACCAGGUCUCUGUCUGUAAAGGUGGUAGGCUCUCCAAAAGAUGCGUCACCUCCCCUGAUCUUCUCACCCAACGAUCUUGUAGUCUAUGAGAAGGAACCUGGAGAGGAGCUACUCAUCCCCUGUACAGCCUUUUUUACUUUUGUGAAGGAUUCUCACAAUGAGGUUUGGUGGACCAUUGAUGGAAAAAAACCAGACGACACCACUAUUGAUGUAACUGUUAAUGAAAGUGUAAGUGAGACUAAAACAGAGGAUGAAACGAGAACUCAGAUUUUGAGCAUCAAGAAAGUUACUGCUGAGGAUCUGAAGCGCAACUAUGUCUGUCAUGCUAGAAAUGCCAAAGGGGAGGUUGACAAACCAGCCAAGGUGAAACAGAAAGCUCCAAGAUACACAGUGGAACUGGCAUGUGGGUUUGGAGCCACAGUCCUGCUGGUAGUAAUUCUCAUUGUUGUUUACCAUGUUUACUGGCUGGAGAUGGUCCUAUUUUACCGGGCUCAUUUUGGAACAGAUGAAACCAUUUUAGAUGGAAAGGAAUAUGAUAUUUAUGUAUCCUAUGCAAGGAAUGCAGAAGAAGAAGAAUUUGUAUUGCUGACCCUCCGUGGUGUUUUGGAGAAUGAAUUUGGAUACAAGCUGUGCAUCUUUGACCGAGACAGUCUGCCUGGGGGAAUUGUCACAGAUGAGACCUUGAGCUUCAUUCAGAAAAGCAGACGCCUCCUGGUUGUCCUAAGCCCCAACUACGUGCUCCAGGGAACCCAAGCCCUCCUGGAGCUCAAGGCUGGCCUAGAAAGCAUGGCCUCUCGGGGCAACAUCAACGUCAUUUUAGUACAGUACAAAGCUGUGAAGGACACGAAGGUGAAGGAGCUGAAGAGGGCUAAGACGGUGCUCACGGUCAUUAAAUGGAAAGGGGAGAAAUCCAAGUAUCCACAGGGCAGGUUCUGGAAGCAGCUGCAGGUGGCCAUGCCGGUGAAGAGGAGUUCCAGGUGGUCUAGAGGUGGCGAGCAGGGUCUCUCCUAUUCAUCCCUGAAAAAUGUAUGAAAGGGAUGAAAAAGGGGUUAAAAGAACCAAGGGCGCUCCAAGAAGGAAGAAACACCCCUUCUUUAUUCCCAGUUUAUUAUUCCAUGGACAGAAAACAAUUCUAUCAAAGCUUCUCCAUAGGGAAAAAUUCCAAGUGACCGUGUCACUUGCCCGUUCUGCCCCCUCAGGCAAUGCUGAGGUCUAGAGGGAUAGUGCCCCCAGGCUGUCACCAGGUCUGAUGUCACUCUGUUCUUUGCAGGCAAAGACUUGAUAGAUGCGAAUUUCCUCUUUAUGCAUCCUCUAUCCCUGUCCCCACAUGUCUUUAUUCUCUCUCAUUCAUAAUCUUAACAUUAUGCGGCAGCCUUUUGCUGUGGAUUUAGAGACCUCUUAAAGAGAAAUCAUCUGUUAACAGGGUCAUUAUGAGUUUUCAAGUAUAGUUUCCUUUUAUUUUUACUCAUGCAUUAAAAAGAUAAUCAGGGCCUAAAUUUAUUUUAGCUGAGGAUAAUGAGCUCUUUGCUCAUUCUGCUCUAAAACACACCCUCUUGGCAAGACUGACGCUCACUUAGAACUGUAACAAAGCAGUAAAACCGAAAGGUUCCUUAUUGAUUUAAAGGGCUUGCCUGAAGUUUUUUCCUACUGUAUGCCCUGUGCCUUCUAUCUCAGGUAAUUGAUGUCAUAUUUGUCAAGCUGAAAAAUAUUUCAUAUUUUUUGUUGUUAUACUGAACAUUUGUGGUUCAACCAUAUUCAUCACUCCAUCUUCCUGUCUACUCUGUCUUGCUGUCAGGCGUUCGGGGGGCAGGCGGCUCCACAUUUGGUUCGGUCGGAUAGGAAGUUUUUCCUAAUGGUGCUAAUAGAGAGUGAAAUAACAGCUAAAUGCUUUUAGGGCAUUUUCUGGCUUGUGAGAAAAGCACAGAACAGAGCGUUUGGUCAUUUGCCUUUUAAUUGCAACGUUGCUACUGUGAAUAUUAGGAAAGCGACUUCUCACUUGUUUCCCCCAUUGUAAAAGUAUGGAAGUUAUACUCAGAUACCUUGGAAGUUGUGUUUAGCAUUAAUAUUCUAAGAAAAUUAACUGGACUCACAGCAUUUCCCAUAUUUUCUUCACUGGUACAGUUAAUACAAUCAACAAGUCAGUCUGAAAAGUCACUGACAAUGAAACUUGUUUUACUUUGUUUUAAGUAAAAUGUUAUUGUUCUUAAGACCUGGAAAAGUGAAAACUAAGUCCAGAGUUUACAGAGUGGUGAAUUUCUAUGGUACAUACAGAUUUAAAAUAUAUGUACAUAUGUACACACAAAUUAUAUAUGUAUUAUUGCAUACAUACACAUAUGAAUUACAUGUGUACAUAUAUGCACACAUAUGCAUACAUUAAUUAUAUGUAUGUAUAUAUACAUAUGCAUACACACAUGCAUAUGACUUUAGCCAUUGGCACUAUAUUACAUACCCCUGGAACUCUUACUCAGUUUUUAAAUUAUGUUUUUACUGUAACAUUUUUGUGUCAUUGUUCUCUGUACGUUAAUAUUUGUGAAUUCACAGCUCACAAAGUGAUACUUGUUAGUUCUUGUCUUCCCUGAAUUAGUAAUAAAUAACUUACUACUACAACAGUUGAUAUGGGUGCAGUGGCAUCUGUUGUGCACAGAGCUUCCAUGGUUACUCCUGAACAGUAACCAGGCUUCUAGCAUUAACCAAUCAUCUACUAUGUUCCAAGCACAUACACUUAGAAAGUAAGCUAUGCUAAUACCAAUGCUCAACUACUAGAUUAGUCUCUAUUUGGACUGUUGAGCAAUAAAGGAAAAGAAAAGCAAAUACCUAUAAGUGAGCCUGAGUAUCCUAUGAAAUACCAUAAUUCAUAAUUUAAAGACAACCUUAGCCCAGUAAUAUAAAUGUUGAUAAGAAAUUCUAAAACUAUUUCCAAUAUUUAUGUGUCUGUCAGCAGUAUUAAAGUGCAUAGUACCUCAUUUAUCUAUAGAGGUGUUAUUGAUUAUUUUAAAUUAAAACAAAAUCUUCAUAAAUUUUUUACCAUAAAACUAUUGUAUGGAAUCACUCUUGGAUAUCAUUUUUUAGCUUUAUGAAUGUUUUUCCUUAUUACAAAACACAGUUACUUCUCUUAUUAACCCUUCACUUGCAAGACCACAGGAGAGCUGAUUCCAGAUAUACUUUGAAUAUCAAUUUUUGCAUAGCUUUAGGUAAGUGGGAGACAGUCCCAUCAUCAAGGGGCCAUUCUCUUGCCAAUGCUGCAUUUUUUUUUUUUGCACUUUUGGAUUCCAUAUUUAUCUGAGAUGCUGUUGUAUGCCCCUAGAAACUUUUUGAUUUUUUUUUCCUAUUUAUAUUCCUAUCUUUGUUACUGAAAUUUUCCAAGUGCUGAAAUCUAAAGCAUCUCAAAUUUAAAUGAUAUAAGAGAAUUUUGUUUCAGGAUUAUUUGUUUUAUGUCCCAGAAGAUGCCUAAUACAUAAUGUUUGAGGGAGAUGGGAAAAUAUAAUUUUGAGAGCAAGCAGAAAUUGCUCUCUAGUGUUAACCAUGCCUCUAAUGUCAAAAAAAAAAACUUAAUGAUUUUAGGUUUAUUAUAUAAAGACCU